AUGAAUAUUAGAUAUGGUUUUAGGACUAUAAGAAAUAGUUUCAAGACCAAGAAAAAGACAUAUUUUGACAUUAAAAAGAUUUAUCUAAAUAAAAAUUUAAUAUAUGAAUAUUCUUCAAAUAAAAAAUAUAGUAUAAAUCAAUUAAUUACAGGAUCUAUUAGAGAAAAACAUAGAAAAGAUGAGAAAAAGGUUCCAAAAGAAUAUAUUUAUGGUAGAUCACCAGUUUUCUCUGCUUUAAUCGCAAAAAAUAGAGAAAAAUUUUAUAAAUUAUAUAUAUAUGGAGAUGAUAAGAAAAACGACGAUAUUUUGAAAAUAUCAACAUCAAUGUCUAUUCCUAUUGAAUUUGUGAAAAGUAAGAGUAUUCUGGAUAAUUACUCUUUAAAUAGACCACAUAAUGGAUUUGUUUUAGAAACUUCCCCAAUUAGAUGUAUUUCACUUACCACACGCAAAGAACUUCUUGAUUUUCAGAUUAAUUAUUCUAACGACAUAGAAUCUAAAAUAUCUAAUAAUUUAUAUUCCAAAAAUGAUUUGAAUUUAUGGCUUUUUUUGGACGAGAUAACAGAUCCAAUGAAUAUGGGUGCUAUUUUGAGAAAUGCAUAUUAUUUUGGACUUAAUGGCGUAGUUCUCUCUGAAAAAAACAGUGCUUCUUUAUCACCAAUUGUAAAUAAAGCAUCAUCAGGUGCAUGUGAAUUUUUAAAAAUAUUUAAAACUGCUAACCCCUUAUCUUUUUUACAAUUACUAAAAUCAAAUAAUUGGAAAGUAAUUGGAACUACAUCAUUAUCCGAUAAAGUAAAGAAUGACUUAGUAAUUCCAUACAAUGAACUAGAUACGUAUCUUUCAAAUUCUCCCGUUUUAUUAAUAAUGGGAAACGAGCAUAGGGGUAUGAGAACAUUAGUUAAAAAUAAAUGCGAUUUUUUAGUUACUAUUCCACCCUCACAGUUUACUUUUUCACUAAUAGACUCUUUAAAUGUAUCAGUAGCAUCUGGAAUAUUAAUUUCAGAACUUUCAAAAAUAUUGAGAAUAAAAAAGUAUGAUAAAAUUCUAUAAAACGUUUUAAUAUUUUUUUAAAUAUAAUUAACAGUUAUAAAAAAAACCGGCUAAUCAUCUCUUUUUUUUUAUAAUAAAAUUAUAUAUGAGGAUCUGUUCUAUAAUAUGUUGUAUAAAAACAAUCUAUCUUUUCCAAGUAUUUGUUGAGGAUUUACAUUCAUUGUUAUUAGAUCAGUAUAUCUGCUUUCGUUAUCUAAGGGGUCAUUAAAUAGUUUAUUUAAUUCAAGAGUUCUUAAACUAGAUGAAUUUUUUGAUAAGCCUUUAAUAAUUUCUCCUACACUUCUAUCACCAUAUUGAGGAUUUAUUUGAAAAAUAUCUUUUAAUGUACCACGAUCAACCUCUAUAUCUUUCUGCAUUUUUUUUCCAAUGUUAGGAGAACCUUUUAAAACAAAAUCAUUUACUUUUGAACUUCCAUGUGGUUUUCCCAUAUAUACAGGCAUUUCAUUUCCAAAAAAACAAUCAUAUGAAUCUAAGUCACUUUGUUCAUUGGAAAGUCCCAUUACUUCACACUUUCUCUUGCAUGAUUUCUCAUUUAAACAUGACAAAGGAA